AUGACGGAGCUGGGACGCACCAGCACCUUCUUCGCCGCCCCUGAUUUCCCCGCACGUUCCCGGGAGCUCCCUCUGCGCCCCGGGGAGCCGGCCCCACUCUCCCCUGGCCGGGCGGUGAGGCUCCCACUCGUGGAGGGCAGAGCGAGCGGAGCCCAGGGUCUCCGAGCAGGCGGCGGGACCCGGGCCUCCGAGCAGAAGCCGGGCGCCGGCUGGCUCAGCGCGGCGCGGCGGCUCGGCGGGCGCGGGGGCCGGGCUGGGGGCCGAGGGCGGGCCCCCCGUGCGCCCCUGCUGCUGGCCGCGCUGCUGCUCGGCGCCUUCUGCCUGUGCGCGGGCCCGGGCCGCCGCCCCCUGCCCCCCCGCGCCCCCGCGCCCGCCCGGCCGCCCCGCGCCGCCCGCCUACCGGUGGCCAGCGGCCCGGGCCGGCGGCGCCUCCCGCAGGCGCUCAUCGCGGGCGUGAAGAAGGGCGGCGCGCGCGCUGCUCGGGUACCUGCGGCUGCGCCCCGACGUCCGCGCGCUCGGCGCCGAGCCCCACUUCUUCAGGUGCUACGAGCGCGGCCUCGCCUGGUACCGGUGAGCGCGCCCCGCCAGGGCCCCCGGGUGGUUGUAAGAAAGGAAUAA